CCUGAUCAUCUGGGACAUCCUACACACUACACCAUUGAUCCGCACACUGGCCCCCUAAAUCUAUAGGGGUGAUCGGGGGGUCCCACUUACCAGGAAGAGGGGGAGACACUGCGGGAGAGGAGGGGUGCACGUUAUUUGGGGGGGUGGAGGUUGAUCCUCCCGCUGAUUGCUAUGGAGUAUUUCAUGAUGCCCGCGCAGAAAGUAUCUUCCCUGCAACACUUCAGGAAGACGGAGAAAGAAGUGAUCGGGGGGCUGUGCAGCCUGGCCAACAUCCCCUUAACCCCAGAGACGCAGCGGGAUCAGGAGCGCCGGAUCCGCCGGGAAAUCGCAAACAGCAACGAGCGACGCCGGAUGCAGAGUAUCAACGCCGGCUUCCAGUCUCUGAAAACCCUUAUACCUCACACCGAUGGGGAGAAAUUAAGCAAGGCGGCGAUACUACAGCAGACAGCAGAGUAUAUAUUCUCCUUGGAGCAGGAGAAGACCAGAUUAUUGCAACAGAACACUCAGCUGAAAAGGUUUAUCCAGGAUUACAACGGCUCUUCCCCCAAACGGCGGCGGGCAGAGGACAAGGAUGAAGGCAUCGGCUCGCCGGAUAUCUGGGAGGAAGAAAAGGCGGAGGAUCUGCGGAGAGAGAUGAUCGAACUGCGGCAGCAGCUGGACAAGGAGCGAUCUGUGAGGAUGAUGCUGGAGGAGCAGGUCCGGGCGCUGGAGGCUCACUUGUACCCCGAGAAGCUGAAGGCGAUAGCGCAGCAAAUUCAGCAGGAGGAUGAGAGCGGGCCGACCCCGACGGAGCAGCACGAGGCGCAGGAGAGCGGGGAGCAGCGCCUUCACUCCCAGCUCCUGCCACCGCAUCUGCCCCUGGCACCCACUCACCACCCUACCGUCAUUGUUCCUGCCCCACCGCCCUCUUCUCAUCACGUCAAUGUUGUGACUUUGGGGCAUUCGUCUGUAAUCAGCUCGGUGUCCACAUCUCGGCAAAACCUAGACACCAUUGUUCAGGCCAUACAACACAUUGAGGGCACGAGAGAGAAGCAGCUGCAGGAAGAGGAGCAGCGGAGGGCCGUUAUCGUGAACGCACCGCGUCCCUGCGGAGACUCCGACACCGCGUCAGACACAGAAUGCGACGACAGCGACGCGGAGCAAAGCAAGGACGACGCGAUGGGGGAACCCUGACACCCGACGCCCUACCCGUACUGGGGGGGUGGGUGCAAGAAAGACACUGGGGGAACUGGAGGCGGGGAGGGUUCCAGAGGUAUAUCGUGGGUCUGCCUCCCGUCUUCAGCCUCCUUCCCAUAUCCGUAGGGUGUUUAACAAGGGCAGUUUUAUGCUGACUUCAAAGAUACUGUAACACAUAGAGGAUGAAAGGGUUAAAAGCACUAAGCAAAUGUCUGGUCCAUUAAGACAGAACCUGCAAGGGAUUCUGGGAGGAGUGUCUGUUUUCAGGUGCUUGAGAAUCGCCUUCUAAAGAGAUUACAGCAGCAGUCCCUCUUCAGCCGUCUUGUUUGGGGGGGAUGGGGGGUCGGAUAAAAAUUUUUUUUUUUCUCUUCUCAACAAAAAUCGGAUUAGGGCCUGCACUUGUCUUAAAAGUUUUGUUAUAAAAAGUAUAAUAUUUCAAUGCUUUUUGUCUGGUAGAGACUAUAUAUGUAUGUAUAUAUAUAAAACGAUGCGUUCCAUUUAUACACACUUUGUAUUUCUAUAUUUUUAUAGAGUUGGCGUGUGUAUGAAUUUUAUUAAAAAAAAAAAAAAAAGGGCCAAAUCCUAUAUUGGCUAAUUAUUGGAAUGUCUGGCCUUUUUUUUUUGCUAGAAAUGGCUGGAUCCCUCUGAUCAAAGCUGUUUAAAAAUAAAUAAAAAAUAUGAAUU